AUGAUAUUUUCCGCGAUCAGCAGUGCCGCGGAGCGGACCCGCGCGGAGGUUUGGCAGAAGCUCGUCAGCUUCGAAAACUCUGUUGCGAACGCGGUGGAGCUUGGUGCGGGCGCGGGGGCUAUGAUACUGAGGACCGUGAUGGGGUCCUUCGCGGGUAACUUUGGGCCUACUGCCGGCCUCGAGCAGCCCGCGGGUCGGAUUCCCACACUCGGAGCUGGUCCAGCGGCUGACACGAGCCUCCCGCUGAUCCUAUCAGGAGGUGGUGACUCUGUUCGUCAGGAGAAGCGUACUGUACCGCAAGGUGCCGAAGGCGCGGUUACAAUCCCCGCGAAGAGAGCGAAGGCUGCGGGAAAAGAAUCCCCUACCGCGGUUGCCGCUGUGAAGGACAGUGGAGUUGCGGUUGCGAGGCUGGCCAUUGCAGAGGGCAAGAACGAGGGCGCGGUAGAAAUUUCAGACGACGAGGAUGCGGAGGCGAUGGAAUCGCGGAAAAGGUUUCUUGCGGCCCGGGCGGCGGCGAAAGGUGCUGGUUGUGGGGGUGCAAAGGCCAAGGACCCAAUGGAGCAGCUGUGCAUCGGGACGGGGGCUGAGGAGGGGGGACAUAAGAAUACCGUGUGGCACGACCGCGUUCAGAGAGCUGAGUUGGUGCUCACGGAUCAGGAGGAAGCCAAGUGGGCGGAUGAUCUCGAGCUGGCGCGGAAGAUGAACGCGGGCCUAUAUUCAACUCUUUUCUUGUGGAAACUAGCAGGGAACUAUAUGAGGAUGGUCAACAUUUUCAAAAAAUGUCGCGAAAUUGUGGAAGUGGAUUCGGACCACACUGUCCGGUCCGCGUUACGUGCUGCAGCUGGGCUAGAAGUCGCGGACGAUGAUGGGAAAGUGAAAGGGAAAGCACAGAAGACGCUUUUCGCGGCUGCGGUCGCGUUCGGGUUUGGUGAUAUGUGGAGUUUGACCGCGGAGUAUACCCGCAGCAACACGGCAGGUGGUGCGAGAUCGGCCUGGAAAGGAGUCACCACGGAGGUUCGUGCUGCCGCGGUCAAAAGUGGCUCAGCCGCUGCAAAGUUGUGCGGCGCGACCGCGGAUGUCUUGGAGGGUUUGCAGGUGUGCUGGAGAGACGUGUACGCCGUCAUCCGGAAACGCCAAGGUGAUAAGUUGGAGGCCGCGGCGAACAUCGAGAAGACGGUGCUGAAGUUGUUUGGGGACGAGCUCGACAUGACCGACAAGUUUGUCGUGCAUCAGCUGAUCCAGGGCAAAAAUGGGGACGCGGGCGAGAAGGACGAGAAGAAGGGCGAGGAGGCGGAGCACAGUGAUGGGAAAGACGAGGAUGACGAUACGUUAAUGAUGGAGGGAUCAGAGGCCGGCGAGGAGUUUGCCUGA